AUGAAUAAUUAAUUGGAAUAAAAAGUUAUUAACUAAUGGAAAAGCUUUGUACAAAAGAGAAAGGAAGUCAGAGACAUUCUUAUUACAUAAUACAAACAAAGUUAUAUAAGAGUUCUUAAUUCAUAUAAGGAAUUAAAAAAGAGAAGGUUUUAAUAAUAUAUUAUCAACAAUGCAUCUAAUUUAAUCUAUAAAGCUUUGAAAAUCAAUUUAUGGAAAGUUAAACAUCUUAGGCAAUUUUUAAUUUAGAAUUAAGUUAAGCGAUUCUAUAUUUUAAAAUCUUAAGAGUAAAUAUUUAAAAACUAUUUUAAUUUACAUGGCAAACAAGUAAAUAUCAAAACAAUAAGAUUACAUCUCUAAAAUAACUGCUAACAUAAAAAUUUAAUACCUAUGCUAUUUCAUAAUAUUAAAUCUGAUGUUAUUUUAUUCAAUUUUCACUAAUUAAAAAAAGAAUUUGGAGAAACUAAUCUAAAUAGAGACAUAAUUAAAUAUGAAUUUCUUUAUAACUUUAUUAAAUAUGUCAAAGUAAAACUGUCAAAAAAAUAAUUUAAAUUCUCUAAUUAAGAAUUAAUGAGACAUCAACAAUUAAUCUAAAGAAUUGAUAAUUUUUAAUCUAAAGAAUACAAUCUAUUGAAAUAUAUUGAAUUAGAUAAUAUAAAUAUAUUAAGAAAGAUUUAUCAAUAUAAUUGUUAAAAUAGAAAUUAAUAACUACAUCUCUUUUUUGAUUUUUAAUUGAGGGAGAUUGCAGCUGUGUGUCGAAUUUAAAAGUAUUUUAGAGCAAAAAGAGAUAUUGUUACUAAUGGUAUGAAAUAUUCAGUUAUCAUGAAAUUGAUAGAUCAAACUAGAGCUAUUUAUGUUAUUUAAAGAUGGUUUAGAAGGAUCAGAUCAAAUCACAGAAAUAAUUUUUUUAAAGAAAUUUCUUUUUAUGUUUCUCAAAUUUCAACACCAAAUCUAUAUCUGGAUAUGUAAAUCUAUUAAUAAAUUCAAGAAAUUGUUAAAAAUUAAAAGCAUUCUUUAAAAUUUUUAGAAUAAUACAAUAUGGUAAAAUUAUUAUAAUUUUAAGAUUAUUGCAGAUAAUGAUAUAGUAAGACUAAAGUUUAAAUCUUAAUAAUUUGAAAAUUCGGUGUAAUCUACAUUUGCCUAAUCUAUAGCUUAAUUUGAUCAUUUAAAUAUUGAAAUAGUUCCAAAAUGGCUUAUUCAAGCAAUUCAAAUGGUGCAUAUCAAAGAAGAAAAGUUUAUUGAUUAUAAUGUUAUAAAAUAAGAAUAAAUCUCAACAAAGUGGAAUUGUAGAAAUAGAGAAUACUAAACAAAAUAAAAAGAACCCUUGAAAGAACUUAAAUAUUAAUAAUAGGUUGAUAUCUAUGGAUUAUUACAUUUGGGAGCAUCUAUUAAUUUUGAUUGUAUUAACAAUAGAGAUUACAUUAAAUUUUCAUAUAUAUCUACAAGUGAAGCAAAAUAUAGAGUGAUUGCUUUAGCUUUGAUAACUUAUAGAUUCAAACUGAAUGGAACAAGUAUACUAAUGUUUAGUGAUAAUAUUUGGGAAAGUACAAAUACGAAAAUAAUUCCAUUUUUAAAUAAAUAUUAUUAAAAAAUCUAAUGUGUUUUUAAAGUAGACAUACCUACUUUAGAAACUUCUUAACUCUAUUUUGGAAAAAUAAAUAAAAUAAUCUUAUGUUUUAAUAACUAGCAAGCAGAACAAUUUAAAUAUCAAAAAUAAGUAAUAUAACUUUCAUUUUUUAAUCAAAAUUCUCGUAUAAUUGAAAAUUUCAUUUGGAUGUGUUCAGAAAAAUCAAAUCAAUAAAAAAUUUAUAAACCUUAGAUUUCCAUAAAAUUAAAUCGAAAUAGCUUAAAAAAAAAUAGUCAUAUUUAACUUGCUAAUUCAUCCUCUGAAGAUAUUUAAUAGGAUUAAGUUUCAAUUACUUAAAAUUAUAUCCAUCAAAGAUCUCAUGAUUUAUCUCCGUAAUCAGUUAUUGUUGAUGGAAGUAGUAAAUCAACUUAAUUACCUCUUAAAUUUUCUAUAAUGUGUCUAGAAAAUUCAGAAAUUUAAUAUUAGCCACCAAAAUUUAAAAGAAGAACUGAAUAAUCUUAAUAAGAAUUUGUUAUGACUAGUAGAUUUAGAACCUAAAAUAAUAGUUUAAAUAAUUCUAAAAUCAAAGAUCUAAGUGAGACUCAAAAUACAAGUGUUCAAAAAAUUUAACCAAAGAAAAGGUAAUAUCCCCUUGAAGAUAUUUAUGAACAAAGUGAAUAUUUGUAAAUUAAACAAUAAUCCUAAAAAAUAGCUCUAUAAGAAAAUAAAGAAAAAAUUGCAAAAAUUAAAUAAAAAAAUCUAAAUGAAACAAGUUUUAUUAGAGAAUUUUAACAUUUCACAAAUUUAUUACAAAGAUAAGAACAAUAGAUUCUAAAUCGAUAACUGAAAACCCCAAAAAUAUAAACAGUGGAAAAAUCUUAAAAAGUAUCAAGCAUACAUUAAAGUGUGAAAAGUUAAUCUGUGACCAGAAGGGAAGAUUAUUAAGAUACUUCUAUUUUUUUUCCAAUAAUAGAACCAAAGUCUACAAAGAAACAAACCUAAAACUUUAGAUUAUCAAAUUAUCAUAGAUAUGCUGUUUUUCCAGAAGAAUUAUACGCAAUAUCGAAAAAUGUAGAAACUAUUAAAUUUUGA